UGCUUUCUAAUUUGCAAUGCUAAUGAAACUCUAUUUACGCGUUAUGACUUUUUUGAAUUCUGUUUACGUCGGUUAGAUUAACGAAUCAAGCUUGCCAUAUGAAUCCUUAUAAAGGUUAAAAACCGCGGAAAAAUGACACAACGUAGUAUUUCAUCGUUCUUUAUAAAAACCUCGUCGAAAAGUGAUAAUGUUGAUAAAAGCAAUAUAAGUUCGCUUACUAAGGAGGAUAAAGAUAAUCAAGACAGUGUUAAACGAAAAAGAAAUGAUCAGAAUGAAACUACGGAUCAUUCAUUGGCAGAAAACAAUACCACCAAAAAAUCACCUUCCUCAUUAGAAAAAGUAAAUAAUAAAACAGGUGCAACACUCAAAACAAUAUUAUCUGGAACAUCAAAGUUCCAUGAAAGCAGUGGAUCUAAAAGGAAGAAAAGCGCAGAUAAGGUAAAAGAAGAUAGCGCCAAGAAUACACCUGCACAGAAAAAAAUAAAAAAACCCUCAUUGGUGAAGAAUCAAAAAGAAAGCACAAAUUUAAAAAGGAAAAGUGAAUCAACUUCCUCUAGAUCUGAUUCGUCCAAAUCAUCUGAUGAAUUAGAUGAAUCAGAUAAAGUGGAAAUAAAAAAGACUUCUGGUAAAAGUAGAAAGAGACUGAGAAUAAUAUCACCUGUUGAUUCUAGCGAGGAAGAAGAAGUUUUAACAUUUUCGGAAAGUCCAAAAAAAUCAAACAGUAAUGUGGAAGAAAAAGUUUCAACUAAAGAAAAAGAAAAAUCUGAUGAAGAAACUGGGGGCAAUGAAGAAAAUAACGAAGAAGGAAAAACUGAUACAAAAGAAGACAGUACAGAAAAACCUGCUAAGAAAAUACAUAGCUUUUUUGCACAAAAGGGAAAUACAAAGAAUACUUCUGGAGAUAAGAUAAAAUCUGUUGAUAAGUCUUACGAUCCUAGUACGUCUAAUUAUCACCCAAUUGAUGAUGCCUGUUGGAAGAAGAAUGAAAAAAUACCGUAUAUCGCAUUAACGCGCACCUUGGAAUUAAUUGAGGAAACAAGUGCGCGCCUGAAGAUAAUCGAAAUUUUGUCCAAUUAUUUUCGUUCCGUCAUAGUUUUAAGUCCAAACGAUUUACUUCCAAGUAUAUACUUAUGUCUGAAUCAGUUAGGUCCCGCAUAUGAAGGACUUGAGUUAGGUAUAGCGGAAACAAAUCUUAUGAAAGCGAUAGCGCAAUGUACUGGUAGAACUUUAGCUCAAAUAAAAGCAGAUGUUCAAGAAGUUGGAGAUUUGGGUAUUGUAGCAGAAGGAAGUCGUUCCAAUCAGAGAACAAUGUUUCAACCUGCUCCAUUAACAGUAUCCAAUGUAUACUCUAAACUGAAGGAAAUUGCGCAAAUGACCGGUUCUGCAUCAACGACCAAGAAAUUAGACAAAAUUCAGUCACUUUUUGUAGCGUGUCGCUUUACUGAAGCUAGAUAUUUAAUUAGAUCCUUGGCGGGUAAACUUCGAAUUGGUUUAGCAGAACAGUCUGCUUUACAGGCUUUAGCAUUAGCAUGUGUAACAACUCCACCAGAGCAGACCGAUCCAGUAGUUUUGGAUGCACGUAAAAGCAUGUCAAGUGAUUCUUUCAAACAGAAAUAUGAGAAAAUCGCACUUACUCUCAAAACAACAUAUUGUGAAUGUCCGAAUUACGAUAAGAUAAUCCCUGUUAUACUGAAAGAAGGAGUUGAAGCGUUACCGAAUAAAUGUAAACUUACACCCGGUAUACCUCUGAAACCUAUGUUAGCACAUCCUACUAAAGGCGUUCAAGAAGUAUUGACACGUUUUGAGGGAAUGAAAUUUACUUGUGAAUGGAAGUACGACGGGGAAAGAGCACAGAUACACCUAGCUGAAAACGGUGAAGUUAGCAUCUACAGUAGGAAUCAAGAAAAUAAUACCAGCAAAUAUCCUGACAUUAUAGGACGAUUUAAUAAUACAAAAGGAGAAAACGUUAAAACUUGUAUUCUGGACUGUGAAGCGGUAGCGUGGGACGAUGAAAAUAAAAAAAUUCUACCAUUCCAGAUACUUAGCACAAGAAAACGAAAAGAUGCAAAUGAAGCCGACAUUAAAGUACAGGUGUGUGUAUUUAUUUUCGAUUUGUUGUAUUUGAAUGGAGAACCAUUAGUGAAGCAGCCUUUUAUAAAACGUCGAGCUUUACUAAAAGAAAAUUUCAAAGAAGCAGAAGGGGAAUGGAAAUUUGCAAAUCAUUUAGAUACCUCGAGUAUGGAGGAGGUGCAAGACUUUUUAGACGAAUCGGUCAAAGGUAAUUGCGAGGGUCUUAUGGUGAAGACAUUGGAACAAGAUGCAACGUAUGAAAUAGCAAAACGGUCUCGAAAUUGGUUAAAACUGAAGAAAGAUUACUUAGAUGGUGUAGGUGAUACGUUGGACGUAGUUGUUAUUGGUGGGUAUAUAGGAAAAGGUAAACGAACAGGAACGUACGGAGGAUUUCUUUUGGCUUGUUACGAUCAAGAAAAUGAAGAAUAUCAGAGUAUUUGUAAGAUUGGUACUGGUUUCACUGAAGAGGAUCUUCAAAAACACAGUGAAUUCUUGAAGGAGCAUAUAAUACCAAAAAGUAAGCCGUACUACCGUUACGAUCCAUCACUUGAACCUGAUCAUUGGUUUGAACCCGUUCAAGCUUGGGAGAUCAAAUGCGCAGAUUUGUCUCUAUCACCUGUUCAUAAAGCAGCAGUGGGUAUCGUUGAUCCAGAAAAGGGUAUAUCCUUACGAUUUCCACGAUUUAUUCGUAUUCGCGAUGAUAAAAGUAGCGAGGAUGCCACUUCAGCCCAACAGGUUGCAACAAUGUAUAAAAGUCAAGAGCAGAUAAAGAAUCAAGCUCCAACGAAGUUAACAGAAGAAGACUUUUAUUAGAUUUACUUCGUACUAUUAUAGGGAUAUUUAAAAGUAAUAACUCUGCAAAAUCACUAUUACUUUUAAGGUUCUGUAUAAUCGGGUUGCGAAAAUCAUGAAGUUGUUUUAAAAAAGGUCAUUCCAUAACAGUAAUACAUGUAUAAUUCUAUUAUGGCUUUGUUUUUCUAUUCAAAGCAUAUGUAAUACAAUAACAUGAAUAAAAUUGUCACGUGAAAUACCUAU